CUCGGUCCUUGUUGAUCCGCCAUGUCCUUCGGCCGUCCCGGAGCCCUCUCUGACACCUUCAAGGUGUCGCCGCCUCAGCGCGGCAGCUUCCCGCUCGACCACGAUGGUGAGUGCGGCGUAUGCGCCGUGGACCCCUUCCUAUCUCCAGUCACCAAUCGCGCAAGGUGCUUCAUGGUCGGCUCCGUUGUAUCCCUCUUACGCCGGCCCCUCUCACAGUCGCUGACCGUAGGCGAGUGCAAGUCUUUCAUGGUCUCGUACAUGAAGUGUCUGAAAGCGAACAAGAACAACUCGGGUGCAUGCCGCCCCGAAGCGCGCGACUACCUCGGAUGCCGUAUGGACAAUGAUCUCAUGGGCCGCGACGACUGGUCCAAUCUGGGCCUCGGGGACGUACCCGAGACAGCGGCCAAGGCAGCGAGCAGCGCACCGAGCGAGUCCGCGAAAGCGUCGGCGAGCUCAGCGGGCUCCGGAGGAAACGCAGCAAACGGGUCAAAACCCGCUGAGGGGAGCGGAGGCCGAUGGGUUCCGAGCGAGAGGAUAUAAUGGCGCCGAGCGAUCCGCUCGCUUUCCACCAUCUCUCCCCGGCCGAAUUAGGAUCUUCCCAAGGACACGCACCGCUCACAAA